AAAGUUGUGAUCCAGCCCAUAUCGAUAGGGUAGAGCCUUUUUCAGUAAGCUUCCCCGGCAAGCUUUGUGGUGUAGGAGCAUACGUUGUGGUCGUGGAGGUACUAUUUAGCGAAGGCAUGGAGCAACAGAGCAACCAGAAGACGGCCCAACAACAAGAUGAACACGAAGAAAUGCAGCACGGCCCUGUCCCCGUUGAACAACUUCAGACGUCAGGUAUAGCUUCCAUUGAUGUAAAGAAGCUUAAAGACGCGGGUCUUUGCACAGUUGAAGCUGUUGCAUACUCUCCAAGAAAGGAUCUUCUGCAGAUCAAAGGAAUCAGCGAAGCUAAAGUUGACAAGAUCAUUGAAGCAGCAUCCAAACUUGUGCCUUUGGGUUUUACUAGUGCUAGUCAGCUCCAUGCUCAGAGACUCGAAAUCAUUCAGAUUACUUCCGGAUCAAGAGAACUUGAUAAGAUAUUGGAGGGAGGAAUCGAGACUGGAUCUAUUACUGAGAUAUAUGGUGAGUUCCGUUCUGGAAAGACCCAGCUGUGUCACACACUUUGUGUCACUUGCCAACUCCCAUUGGAUCAAGGAGGUGGUGAGGGAAAAGCAAUGUACAUUGAUGCUGAGGGUACAUUCAGGCCACAGAGACUCUUACAGAUAGCAGAGAGGUUUGGACUCAAUGGUGCUGAUGUCUUGGAGAAUGUGGCAUAUGCUAGAGCUUAUAACACGGACCAUCAGUCAAGGCUCUUGCUUGAAGCAGCUUCCAUGAUGGUAGAAACAAGGUUUGCUCUCAUGAUAGUAGAUAGUGCUACAGCCCUCUACAGAACAGAUUUCUCAGGAAGAGGAGAACUUUCAGCCCGGCAAAUGCAUCUUGCAAAGUUUCUACGGAGCCUACAGAAGUUAGCAGAUGAGUUUGGUGUGGCUGUUGUUAUCACAAAUCAAGUAGUUGCACAAGUGGAUGGUUCUGCAAUCUUUGCCGGCCCUCAAGUUAAGCCUAUUGGUGGUAACAUCAUGGCGCAUGCUUCCACAACAAGGCUUGCUGUCCGGAAAGGAAGAGGCGAGGAGCGGAUCUGUAAAGUAAUAAGUUCUCCUUGUCUGGCUGAGGCCGAAGCACGGUUUCAGAUCUCUCCGGAAGGUGUCACUGAUGUCAAGGACUAAUACACUUCAGCUCUUGCUGAAACUUUUGCAACAUCUUGUUCAUGUAUUCUUGUUGUUUCUUGUAAAGGGUCUGCAAGGAACCUAGCAAAAAUGUCGCAAGUUUGUAAUUGUUUUUUGUCUACAGUUGUAUUCAAUAUUUGAAUAGUUUGUCAAAAGUUUAUAAAAUUUUCCAGUAUGUUUUUU